AUGGCAGACACCAAAGAGCAAUACAUUAACGUAUGUUUCUUAGGACACGUUGAUAGUGGUAAAAGUACUACUAUUGGACACUUGUGCUUUAAAUUAGGAGCAAUCGAUAAACGAACAGUUGAAAAGUUAGAAGAAGCAGCCAGAGACCAUGGAAAAGGUUCCUUUGGUUUUGCCUUCUACUGUGAUAACAACAAGGCCGAAAGAGAGUCCGGUAUUACUAUUCAAGUCUCAAUGAAAGUCGUAAAGACAGCUAAACAUACCGUUAAUAUCCUUGACUGUCCCGGGCACAGAGGAUUCUUAAAGAAUAUGAUUACUGGUACAGCCCAAGCAGAUGUAGCCGUUAUUAUUGUUCCAGCAGCCCAAGGAGAGUUUGAAAGAGCUAUUACUGAGACUGGUACUUUAUACGAGCAUAUUAUUCUAGCCCAUACUCUAGGUGUAUCUAAGGCUAUUGUAGCUGUUAACAAAUUAGAUACUUUACCUUCACCAGCUGAGGCCGAGAAGAGAUUCCAAGAAAUCACUGAGAACAUUAAGGCUAAGAUGAAGAAGAUGUACGAUAUGAAGAAUACUCCUAUCGUUCCUAUCUCUGGAUUCAAAGGUAUUGGUUUAACUCGUGAUUCAGAUAAGUUUGAGUGGUUUAAGGGUUGGAAGCCAGAAGAUAAGCCAGAUGCUGAACCAAUUAGAUCUUUAGAAGAGGCUAUUGACUUCUAUCCUUUACCUAAACGAUUGAUUGAAGCUCCUUUAAGAUUCCCUUUAACAAGUAUUUUUGAUAUCAAAGGUAUAGGUAAGGUAUAUACUGGUCGAGUAGAGUACGGUACUUGUACUCAGAACAUGAAAGUCUUGAUUUCUCCUGGGAAUAUUAAGGCUGAAGUGAAGACUUUGGAAAUUCACAAGAAAGCUCGUAAAUCAGUUGAGGCGGGAGAGAAUUGUGGAAUUACUUUAAAGGUAUCUAGUGAUGACGUCAAUAAGAUUAAGCAAGGUUCAGUCUUAUCUGAACAGGCUAGAUCUCCUUGUGCUGAUGCUUAUGCUGCUCAUUGUACGGUUAUUUUCUUAUCUGUUAAAUCAUCGGCUGGUGAGAAGAAGGAAGCUUUUAUUAAGGCUGGAUAUGCUCCAAUGAUGGAUAUCUCUACUACGCACGUUAAUGUUGUUUUUGCUAAGUUGUGCGAUAUUGGUACUAAGAAGGGUAAGGAGUACAUUGUAACCGAAGAGUCGCCUAGUCGGAUUACUAUUGCUCCUCGCGUUUGUGCUCGGGUUGUGCUUGUUCCUACUAAAUCGACUGUGAUGGAGCCGUUUGCUACUGCCCAGUGUUUAGGCCGAUUUGCGCUUAGAGAGCAGAGUAGGACUAUUGCCGUUGGUAUCAUUAACAAGAUCUUCCAUACUAAGGAUGAGUUUGAGAGUGCGUGUCCUGAGUUCGUUAAGGACUUUGGUCGUAAGGGAGCGCUAGCUACCAAGAAGAAGUAA